AUGACAACAAAAUAUGAGACGAGCUAUUUAAACAAACCAUGGAACUUUUCAUGGGUGGUGGAAGAUAAUUUGGCAGCAAUGUCCUGUCCUCAAACAUUGGAAAAUCUUGAAUAUCUUCAUUUGAUUGGGAUAAAACAUCUAAUAACUUUAUCCCCAGAAAUGAGGCCUCCCAUGGAGUUAUGUCCAAACGUAGGGUGGACCAUAAUUCCAAUAGAAGAAUUCGAGGCCCCUAGGAUAGAACAAAUUAUUAAUUUCAUUAAUAUUUGCGAGAAAUUCCGUUCCAACAGCGAAGCGGUGGGAAUUCACUGCAGGAUGGGCAGAGGUCGCACCGGUGUUAUGGCGGCCUGCUACUUGGUCAGAUUUAUGGACGUGCACCCAGAAAAUGCCAUCGUUCGACUAAGACUGCAAAGGCCGGGCUCAAUAGAGACACGUGAUCAGGAAAGGGCUGUGUUAAGAUACCACGACUAUUUGAGGACCUCAUAGCAGGAUACAAUUCGCAUUUGUACGUCUGCUUGUGGAGAUGUUUUAAUUGCCUAUUGCUUGGUUCACAUAUUCUGAAGUUUCCAAUUAUUGAAACCAACCGAGAGUAGAUUAUUUUACAAGAUUGAUUGUUUUUUGUUUAUGUAUACAUAUAUGUAUUUAUUUUAGUUAAUAAAAG